UUCGACCUUUUCACCCAAGGUGGCAACUUGCUCUUUCUCUCUCUUUCAUGUUACAAGCAUGGCAUCGACCAUUGGCAUGGCAACUGCCAAUGUGGUGCUACCAUUCGUAGUGGUGGGAUUAAUUACCUACACCUGGUAUAUUUACGUCUUUCGUUACUGUGACGCUCUUCUGCUGCAUACGGAUCAAUCGGCGCAAGGAGUGGCCUUUAUAACUGUUGCUUCCGUAUUUUAUUUUCUUUCGAUCAUGUCCUACUUUCGAAUUUUAUUCACCCGUCCGGGUAGUCCGUCCAAAGAUUUAGAACCGGUGCUAGAGUACGGGACCGAGUCUGCAUCUUUAUAUCGAUAUCACUAUUCGCCUCAUUCGUUCGAUAUGAAACAAUGGGAGGGCCAUCCAUCCGCACCUUGUAAAUCGUCAGCUCCGGCUUUGUCUGUCACUCGACCGGAUGGCCAACCUCGUGUGUGCGACAUUUGUCGCUGUAUCAAGCCGGAUCGAACACAUCACUGUAAAGAUUGUAAUACAUGUGUUCUGAAAAUGGAUCAUCAUUGUCCCUGGAUUUCCGGCUGUGUGGGUCAUCACAACUACAAGUUUUUCUUUCUUUUUGUCACUUAUACUGCCCUGUACGGGAUAUGGGGUUUGUGCACGUCGGUAUACAUGCUGGUGGAUGCUUUACAAUACAAGCAUGCUCCUCUGGACCCUCAAUGGAUUGUUCUGCUUGUACUCGCCUUCAUUUUUGGCUUGACGCUUUGCGGUUUUGUGGGUACGCAUGCUUACUAUAUCUUCAAAAACCUCACGACUAUCGAACACAUUGCCACUCGACCGCUGGAAGUCCGAGUGGAUUUCAGUACCAAUGGUGACGACUUUGAAAUCGUGACAGUAUCACCAAACGAACCGUUAUGGGACUGUGGGUGGAAAAAUAACUGGCGCUCAGUAAUGGGAAAUCAGGUCGUGCACUGGUUUUUGCCUAUCUAUGGCGGCCUAGGGAACGGCUAUGUUAAUCCUUAUAAUCCUGAGGUGUACACAAAAAUCAUUGACCGAGCGGAACGGCAACGGGAGCUUUUGAAUAAUCCAUUGAAUACCCUGCCCACGGACCCUUCUCAGGGAGACGAGGGUGAUCACAGCGCCACGCCUAUCAUGACCGAUAUCUGAAACACAGAGAAAAGAGUGGGAGAGAAUGAGUAAUUGUAAGAUAUAAAAAAAACAGCGGCUAAUGUACAUGUCUAUAAAAUAAACUAUCCCU